GGGCUGACCCCGGCCACGUGACAUGUUGCAGCAGUCGUAGUAGAGAGUGUGUGUGUCACAGAGUGUGUGUUACACAGUGUGUCGGUGUGUGUGUGUGUGUCGGUGUGUGUGUGUGUGCCGCCCCUCUCUCACUUCGCCCGGGCAGUCAGUGGAGCUGUUCGCCCGCAGACAGGCAGCUCACUCCGGGCAGAGAAAGAUGGAGACGGCGAAGGCGACGGGGGAUCGGAUUUUCGCCGCGGAAGCCAUCCUGAAGCGCCGCGUCCGCAAGGGGAGCCUUGAAUACCUGGUGAAAUGGAAAGGAUGGGCAAUGAAGCACAGCACUUGGGAGCCAGAGGAGAACAUUCUGGAUGACAGGCUGAUAAUGGGCUUUGAGCAAAAGGAACGGGACAGGGAAAUGAACGGCCCGAAGAAGAGAGGACCGAAACCCAAAAACUUAGUCAUGAAGGCACGUGGUCAUAAAAAGGAGCCGAGCAGCCAAGCCUCCACCGCUCGUCAGACCACAUCACGCUCCACCUCCAUCCGAGCACCUUCCUCCUCUUCUGCCACAGCUCGUCUUUUGCCAUCUUCGUCCUCUUCCUCAACCGUCGCACCCUCUCCCAAACUCAACUCCCUCGCGACCACCCACAAGCUGAAGAAGGACAUUCACCGUUGCCACAGGAUGUCCAGGCGUCCUCUGCCCCGCCCGGACCCCACAGGGCCUUCUCUCUCUAACCCUGGAGGUUUCCCCUCCCGCAUGCACGUCUCUCCGUUCUCCGAGACCGUCCGCAUCCUCAACCGUAGGGUCAAACCUCGAGAGGUCAAGAGAGGUCGGAUCAUCCUCAACCUGAAGGUCAUUGACAAGCCAGGCAGGGGUGGCACAGCUGCUGGCAGUAGGAAUGUUUCAACAGGACGCCAGAACAUCCCUUCACGCAAUCGUAUCAUUGGGAAAAAGGGAGAGGCCCCAUAUAGACCUUUCCAGCCUCCUCUGAAGAUGCUGGGGUUCCCGAUGUACGGGAAGCCAUUUGGGCUGCAGUGUGGAGGCCCUGCGGCUUUCCCUUCCAAGCCAGGGUCAUGCUCCAGCACAGCAGCCGGGGCCGACCACACCACCUCCUCUCAGUACAAGUCACCUCCAUCUCCUUCCAGCUCCAGCGGCUCUGACGGAAAAUCUCCCACCACCUCCCAGCCUCCCACUGGAGCCUCACCUUCCAGCGAGGGUCCCAAGCCCAGUAAACCUCACACAGACACCCAGAAGGGGCAGAGCGCCCUGCCAGCCGCUCCCGCCCCAUCCUCGGAUGCAAACCCAGUGUUGUCAACGUCGCCCUUCCUCCCCUCCUCACCCUCGUCUUCCUUGGAAGACGAGGAGGAGGAGGAGGAGGAGGAUGAUGCCCUGGACCGCGUGGAGCCCUCAGAGGGAUCCAGGAAUAAUCCUCGCCAAUGCCAGGCUAAACGCCCAGCGCCCGCCACUCCCCAGUCCGUCCCAGCCGGGGACCUGAGCUCUGCCCCCACCGAACCCAAGAGGGUGCCUGCCGAGGGAGACCCUGACUGGUACCCCGAAAUGGCGCCAAGCUGCAAGGAUGUUGUGGUCACUGAUGUCACCACCAACCUUGUCACCGUCACAAUAAAAGAGUUCCCCUCCCCGGCCUCCUGCCCUGCCUCCCCCUCUGCCAGCCCCGAAAACGCCUCCUCCCCUCCCCCUGCGGUCCCGUCCGACGACCCCCCCCAAGCCAAGCCAGAGAGAGAGAGAGGAAGCAGCUCUGGACCAGACAUCGCGGAGCCCUCUAUACACCGGAGCUACACGGAGCGAACAGCAGAACAUCUGGAGAACAUCCUCAACGUGAUCCCGGGGUGUUUAUCUGAGAUCUCCGCACCCAGCAUGAAGUUCGUGGUGGUGCUGGUGGGAGCGGGCAGCCUGGCCUUCCUCGGCGCCGUCAUCUGCAUCGUCGCCAGUGUUUAUCCCCGGAAACAGUCCGCGCCGCUCGGCGACAACAGCACGCUGACGUCGGAGGCGCUGCUCCAGCCGCUGGAGCCCGGCUCGGUGGCUCACGCCGGGCCGCUGGGCGCGCUGCACGGAGCCGAGUCCUACGGAGGAGGCAACGGGCUCGGCGGGCUCGGACUGGAGGGUCCCACUCUGAACAAGCUCCACCUCGGCGAGGAGACGGGAGGAGGCUCCGCGAAGCAGUUCAGCUUCAGCCGCCUGAUCUGCACCCCUGUGCCGGCGGGCGAGUGCAACACGAAGGACCUGCGGCGGGAGGAGCCGCAGGCGGACGAGCCGCUGUACGGAGCCGGGGACGAGGACUGGACCUACCUCCGCACCACCGCGGAGGAGCUCCGGCAGAUGGUCCUGCAGCAGAACGACCAGAUCCUCAUGGACCAGAGGACCAUCCGGGAGCUGACGGGCAAGCUGAGCGAGUGCGAGAGCGGCCUGGAGGACGACCGGACCGUCCCGGAGCGGAGCAUCGGGGUGUGGAGCGGGAACCGGCGCGUCAUGGCCGGGGACGAGGUGAGCUCCUCCACCGCGGCGCAGCUGCAGACGGCGCGGGCCGUGGAGGAGCUGGCCCGGGCCAUCAUGGACCUGAAGGACCGCAUAGAGAAGCUGGAGGCGGAGAUAGGCCCGGCUGCACUGAACCUCACCGACUCGUCCCUGGGUGCAAGCAGCAGCAGUAACACUGGCAGCAGCAGCAGCAGCAGCGGGGGCAGCCCGGGUGGUAACACCGUCAAGGCCCCUGCUCCACCCGCCGGUAGUGCUCCCUCCCCACCUGCAGCCGCCGCCCCAGCCGGCCGCCGUCCCGCCUCCCCAGCCUCCCCCGCAUCCCCUGCCCUCAAACCCCCCUCUCCCAAAGUGUCCCCCGGGCGUGGAAAGGGCACCUGGAGGGUGGAGGACCUGGAGGGGGAGCUGGAGCGGAAGAUAAAGAUGUUGGAGAAGGAGCGGCAGGCCAUGAGGAAGGAGACGCAUGGGCAGCACGAGAAGAUCAACCAGGGGCUGGACACGGUCAACCACCGCGUCACCGAGCUGGAACACACGCUGACAGAGCCGUCGUUCCCCGAUGGCUUCGUCCUCUCCUUCCCCAUGCGCACCAACUACAUGUACGGCCUGGUGAGGAAGGAGAUCAGUGAGAUGUACGCCUUCACGGCCUGCGUGUGGUUGAAGGCCAAAGAAGGAGGCAUCGGGACGCCCUUCUCCUACUCGGUGCCGGGGCAGCCCAACGAGCUGGUGCUGCUGCAGGGCGUCCACAAUCCCGUGGAGCUGCUCAUCAACGACAAGGUGGCGCAGCUGCCCCUGUCCCUACCGCAGGACGAGUGGCAGCACAUCUGUGUCAGCUGGACCCUGAGGGACGGAGUGUGGAAGGCCUAUCAGGGCGGCAAGCUGAAGGGCAGGGGGGAGGGGCUGGCUGCCUGGCACCCCAUCAAACCAGGAGGGGUCCUCAUACUGGGACAGGAGCAGGACACGCUGGGCGGGCGAUUCGACGCCUCCCAGGCCCUGGUCGGGGAGCUUUCCCAGUUCAACCUGUGGGACCGGGUGCUGAAGCCCAUAGAGGUGGCUGCCCUGGCCGAGUGCAGCUCCCCCGCGCUCGGCAACAUCGCCCCCUGGACCGACCUGGACGUGGAUGUGUACGGCGGGGCGACCAAGGAGUCCCUGGACCCCUGCCACGCCGCCCAGAGGUCCAACCCCUCCAGCCCCAAACAGUGAGGGCGGGCGGAGAGCACUCGGCCAGGGGCGGUCGGGCUACAGGUCGUGUUACCAGUGGAUUCCGGCGUUUCAAGACACGUCAUAUUGGACUUUACAGUAUAUUUAUUUGUUUGGGGGAGGAAACCUUUGAGGUGGAUUGAAUGUUAUAGACCUCCGUGGUCGUUCAGAGGUGGUGGUGUAUCUGUUUUGUUUUCUGUGUUGGUGUCCACGCUCGUGUGUUAACUUCUGCAGUGAGAUACAAUGAGUUAGCGAAGGCUGCAUGGGUGGAUCAACUUUCUGGCAUGAACCGGACAAAAUGGAAUAUUUCCAUAAGCGAUUAUUAAUUGCUACUGGUUAAAUGUACCGAUGUCUACUGUGGGUGAUAGAGUGUUGGGCCAGUUAACUUCACGGGGUGAUCCAGGCAGAGCGUUGGGUUUGGAGGCCGAUAUGGACGAACCUCUCAUGAUGACAUAUCCAAUCCUUCUCUUCAUUUUACAGACACAAAGCUUUAUCUUUGUAUUGUUGUGUCCAGUUAGCGCAAAGUCCUGCUAUCAUGGUGAACAGUGAAAAAAGGAGUUUUGUUCUUUUUGUUGUGACUCUAUAUGAUCCCGUCGAAUAACGUCUGUGUUCUUCUAAGUUUUCUAUAUUGAGUACCAUGACUUGGUGAACCGGUGGUCUUAUAAAUGUACAGUAUAUUGUGUAAUGUAUCUCUGCUGAUUGUUGCUCUGUGCCAGUCUGCUGUCGCCUCACACACAAACACACAACUCACACUGCUGCAGUGUCAGGUCGCAGCUUUUGAUUGACGUCUGAAAUGAACACUGGAUGUGUAACUCACACACCGAUCACACACCGAGGCUCCAUCCACACAAAGUUCUACUUUUAAAAAAACAAUUCACUUCCACUCUGGAGUUUUCAAUCCCCUGAAACCAGGACUGUGUUGUAACAUGAACUGGUCUAAACGGAGCAGGGCCAGUUUACUCUAAUGGUCAUGUGAUGUGCUUUUCCAGAUGUGUGGACUGGGAUUCUUAUGCUCGGCUCACAUGUAAGCGUUGUGUUAAUGCGUUGCGGUGGGCGUGACCUAUUUUUGAUGGCAUAACGAUCAUCAUUACGACGACAAAACACACAACUAGUUAUCAAUACAGUGAUAAAGAGCAGCUCAUGGGAAAUAAAAUCCACAACCAGAUGAACACACACCAGGUUCAACAGCUGCUGACCCUGCCUCUGCUUUCAUAUUGACGUUUGUGGAGGUUGUGUUGCUCUGUGGCAGAAGGUUUGCAGUUCAACUCCCGAAACCCUCCCAGCACCAAUUUCCUAAAUUUCCCUCGGGAUCAACAAGUGUCCAUCUAUCGAUCUGUUUGAUUGGCUAGCAGCUGCUCUUGAGUGUUGGCUUGAACACGAUUUCAUUGGCUGGAACCUACAUGAUAGGUUGAGCUCUGCAGCAAGAGCAACACAACGGACCCACAAUGCAACAGAUGAAAGAUGCCAUCAGCCCCUUCAAAGUAAAUUAUGGUUAUGGUUGAAGUGUCCAACGCAGAUGUGUGAGUCCAGUGUAACAGAGUGACAAACACACAAGUGGAUGGAGAUGGUUUUAAAAGGAGAACGUACCAGUGUGGAUGAAGCCUGACCUCAGAGCAGCUUCUCUGACUUUGUGAUGUUUCCUUGAAUGUAAUCCAGAUGGAAUGUGAGUUAAUGUGCAUGACCAGGGUCAAACCUGCUGUCACCUCAGAAACAAAGUAGAAAUGUCGGUGUCCCUGAACUGCCCCCC